UCUUUGCCACUGUUCUUUCGGAGAGGGGCACUCUUCUUUUACUUAAAGGGAAGACCGGUGGGAAGGCAAGGAAAAUCUUAUAAGCUAAAAUAAAAGCGAAACAAGGCAAAGUCCGCGGGAGUAUUUUUUUCAGUCUCAAGAAGUGCUUAGUGGAGUGAUUAUCGUAUCACAGACGUGAACAAAUAUGUGGGCAGAUGAGGAACCAGCGCCAUGGGAUGUCGAAGAAGCCCCGGCGGAACAAGCUCCUGAAGCAUCUGCAGAAUCAGCCGCCCCAGCUGCUGAUGCAGCGACUGGAGAGAAACCAAAAAUCAAAUUAGAAAAAAUUGAACCACCGCACUACAAUCACCAUUGGGUUCGCCCUCUCUUUCUUAAUUACGCGUAUCUUUAUGAGUAUAGAAAAAAUUAUUACAACGAUGUCAUUGAUUAUCUGAACCAACGGGAGAAAGGCAUAUUUCGAGAACCUCCCAGAGCACAAGAGUGGGCUGAACGAGCAAUGAGGACUUACGACGAAAAGAAUACCGACAAGAGUUUCAAACGAUCUGCAGAUAUGAAAUAUAUAAUUAAUAUGAGACAUGAACCUAGAUAUUACAGUUACCAUACUCGAGCAUAUUAUAGUUUGAAGUAUCAGAAAAUUUUGUAAAUUAUUUUUUGAUAAUAAAGUUAUAUAACUUAAUGAUAUAUUGGCAGAAUUGACAUAUGCAGCAUAGAUGUAAAGUACAUUACAGUCGUUUUUAUCUAUAUGAAAUUUAUAAUACCAAAUUUCUAAUAAUAUUAAUUAUUUACCCAAACGUAACUAUAUAUUUUUCACGAAUACUAAUACCAAUUUUAAGCAUUGAAUAUUUUCUAAAUGGAUUUUCUUACUACAAAAAUAAACUAGAGAAAUAUUUCUUAUUUCUUCAGCUAAUAAAUAAACCAUAAUAAACCAGAAGUCAUUAUCUAUAUUUGA